GGAGAUAAAAAUUAUUCUGUAUCGUGGGUUUUAAAAGUUAAAAAUAAAGAUUUAGAAAGUUGAAAAUAUAGAUUCAAACAAAAAAAAAUCGUUGGACCUCAAGCCCGCCAAGAGAAAAUAGCCAGUUUAUCCAUCGGAUUCGAUCCUUCCGUUUGCAGUAUGGAUCCCCACCGCCGCUCACCGGAAUACAACUCCCUCCUCCUCGCCGGCCCGCGCCUGGGUCCUCUGAAGCAAGCCCACGCGCGCCUCGUCGUCUCCGGCCACGGCGAUUCCUUGCCGCUCAUCACCAAGCUAGCCACGCUCGCGGUUGCGGCCGGCGCCGCCUCCUACGCCCGCCUCCUCGCCGCCUCCCACCCGGCACCCGACUCCUUUCUCUUCUGCUCCCUCACGCGCGCCACCGCGCGCCGCGGGCUCCCCGCCGCCGCCCUCGCCUUCUACCGCUGCCUACUCGCCGCCGCCCUCCCCUUCUCCAGCUUCGCAUUCACCUCCGUCGCCAAGGCCUGCGCGGACCUGUCCGCGAUCCGCGCUGGUAUGGGCAUCCACGCCCACGCCGUCCUCCUCGGGCUCGGCUCCAACCGGUUCGUGCAGACGUCGCUCGUCGUGCUGUAUUCCAAGUGCGGCCAGCUGGAUGUUGCGCGCAAGCUGUUCGACGCGAUUCGUGACAAGAGCGUAGUCGCUUGGAACGCGAUGAUUUCAGGGUACGAGCAGAACGGGCUCGCUGGAAGGGCGAUCGAGGUGUAUAGGGAGAUGCAAAUGGCCGGGGAAGCUCCAGAUUCCGCGACGUUUGUGGCCACGCUCUCUGCCUGUGCGCAGGCUGGCGCUUUGGACUUGGGACGUCAGGUGGACAAGCUCAUUGUUUCUGAGAGGAUGGAGAUGAAUGUGGUUCUUGGUGCUGCACUUGUGAACAUGUAUGCCAGGUGUGGGCUUGUGAACAAGGCUCGUGAGUGGUUCAAUAUGCUCCAGGAACGCAAUGUGGUUACGUGGACCUCCAUGAUUGCAGGAUAUGGCAUGCACGGACAUGGCGGCGAGGCAGUCAAGCUAUUCAAUUUGAUGAGACAGCAAGGGCCACCACCCAAUGAUGUCACUUUUGUUGCGGUGCUGUCUGCGUGCGCACAUGCUGGAUUGGUAAGCGAGGGCCGGGAUGCUUUUGCUUCAAUGAAGAGUGUCUACGGAUUGGUCCCUCGUGUUGAGCACUAUUGCUCUAUGGUUGAUAUGUAUGGAAGGGCAGGACUUCUUGAUGAUGCGAUGCGAUUUAUACAUGAUUCGAUACCCGGAGAGCCUGGACCUGAAGUUUGGACAGCUAUGCUUGGUGCAUGCAAGAUGCACAAGGAUUUCAAUCUUGGAGUGGAGGUUGCUGAGCGAUUGAUCGCCCUCGAGCCUGAGAGUCCAUCUCACCGUGUGCUGCUUUCUAAUCUAUAUGCUUUGUCUGGUAAAAUGAACCAUGUUGAGAAGGUGAGGGAUACAAUGAUUAAGAGAAGAUUGAAGAAGCCAAUAGGAUAUAGCUUGAUUGAGAUUGCUGGUGUUGCUCAUUUGUUUCGCAUGGGUGAGAAGUCUCACCCCAAAACUUCAGAGAUUUACCAAUAUUUGGAGAAACUGAUCGAAAAGAUUACUGAUGUUGGUUAUGUGCCUAAAACUGACUCAGUGUUGCAUGAGUUGGAAGAAGAGGAAAGGGAGUUUGCAUUAAGAUACCAUGGUGAAAAACUGGCUGUAGCCUUUGGACUCAUGAUGACUUCUGGGUGCACCACUCCAAUCAGGAUAAUUAAAAACCUGCGGAUAUGUGAGGAUUGUCAUCUAGCUAUCAAAUAUAUGUCAGCCGUGGAGAAUCGAGAGAUAAUUGUCAGAGAUAUGCACCGGUUUCACCAUUUCAAAGCUGGAAAGUGUUCCUGUCAGGAAUAUUGGUGACGAGGCCUCUCUCGCAAGCUAAAAAUCUGAGGAACAAGAGCUGCAACUCAGCAACAUUGGGAGUGGGACACCAGCAACAACACCUUUACUACCCAUCAAAAUUCACAAGUAAGCACUAGCAAUUGACCAUCAUUUUAAAUUGUGUUCUAUUACACAAUUGUCCACAAUAUAAGUUCCUGGAGGUCAGAACAACUAACCACUGAUUAGAGUCGACUAGUCAUCCUAGUCGAUCUUAUCGUCCCUAAGGCGACUAGGUCGACUAUACGAUUUAAAAACAUUGAUUUCACUAAGGCUGAACUAUAUGCUGCUGUAAUCAUUGUCGGUCAUUUGCCUUUUCUGUUAGUCUGUCUUAUUGGUCCUUACUAGGAUUCCAUAUUUUUUCAAUCAGAAUUUGGUUUAAAUAUUUAUGAUAUGAUGGGGCUGAUAGUUGUGCCACUCUUUAUCAUCAAAAUAAUAAACAUUUGCAAGCUAUCCAGACAACAGUCCCAACUAUGGGAGCAAGCAUAUAUAAUCUUUUGAUUCAAAUUGAAGCUAAGAUAGUAAGUUUUGGCAACUAGAAAAUGAUGGGAGAAUACACGAUCUCUAGCAGGGCCUACCUGGACAACUGGUCAACUGGAUAAAGCAAAUUGAUCUCUAACUGCAUAAUAGCACGAGAUGAAAAAUAUUUUGUUGGCCAUCUGUUGAUUAUCAUUAUCAAUUUUAACUACUUAAAAGCACAAUGUGAGAAAUGUUUUAACUUAGCUUCGUAAUGGAAAUGGUUUGUGGGAAUGCAUUGUACUUCUACAUUCUGUUAAUUACCGGUGUUCAUAGAUGCCAUGAAUGCACUUUAGAUGCAGUAUCACAAUGAUUGACUGCAUGCCCUUUCCCGGUAGUGGGAACUUCAGCGGUAUUGCAUUUCUCACUGUUAAGGUCAGUUUAUAAGCCAGUUUUUCUUUCUUUUUUUUAAAAAAAAAUAAGAUUCUUUUUCAUUUGGGGACACCAACUUAUUACAUGUUCAACAUUCCUAUUCCAUAACCAGACAUCGAUCUGACUUGUUAACAGACCUGGGUUAGGAACGUAGUAUGGUCUUCUAUAUGAUGUUAGAUGCUUCAGCGGUUCAGCCUUGAAUCUGUAUGGUCCUAACUUCAAUUUUAAUUGCACAUAAAUACAUAAUCAUAGAAAUGAAUUGAAAUAUCUGCAAUGACUGCUGCCUCGUAAUUUUUAUCAUAGAGCUUUACCAAACUAUUCAUUUCACUAUCGCUAUGUUUCAAAGGUAUCUGUGUUGUCUGACAGACUAUUCUUGUUCAGACUGAUGCUGCCAAAUAGAGAGCAUUAACCAUGGAUGUGUAAGCAUAUACGUCCUUCUGUGCUACCCCUCUCAUUCUUUUAAUCAUGGGCAGUGACAUUCUUGAUAUCCAUUUCAGAGGAGGAUCUUAUCCUAAAACCCAGCCUUACAAACGGAACCAUAAAAAAGAAGAUUUUGCAUCAAAGUUGAUAAUAGGGAUUAAUAGGACAUGUUGGAAAUAUACCAUGGGACGUAACAAGUACGUAUGUUGGAAAUCUACUAUGGGGUAUAAUAGCUGACGAUAUGAAAAAGCUCUUCUCUGAUUGCAAAAUGUUUGUUCAUCCGAUCUGGAACUGACAAGAAGAUAGACGAACCAAACGGUUGUGUGGAUGUUGAUUUUUUUCCUGAUGGCACAUCUCUUGAUGUUCAUCUUAUAUGGAUAUUUGGCACCUUGGCCGUUGUUGUUGGAGUUAGAACAUUUGUAAAGGGUCCUUUGUGCAUAUAGCAUAUAUGGAAGAGGUACACAUGAAAAUUGACCCCCCAAAUCACAAUAUGGUAUCGCGUGCUAGGGUUUGGCCUCACAACCGCUGCCCGUAGGCACUGCAGCCAGCCAUGCACUGUCGAUCCAUCAACGCCGGGUCUGUGCGUCUGGCCGCCGCCUGCGUGGGGCUGCUCUCACGCCGCAUCCGCGUUGUUGGGGGACUGGUCAUGGUGCCGCCUCCACGUCGUCGAGGAGCGCGGUCGUCGCCCUCCGCCUGCGUGGGGCUGGCGGGCCUCAGAUCUGAAGGCGGUCCAGGUCCGGCCGUGGCGUGUGGCCUGCGGGCGCACCACCGCCGCCGCUGGGAGGCUGCUGCCGACGCCGUAUUAGGACGCGAAGCCGAGGCGGAGGAGGGAGGCCGGCAUGCUGAAGUGCGUUGGGUGGACGAUGUCAUGCGCGUCCUCCGCACCAUGUGAGAAAAGCUGCUCAAAGCAAGCCUAGUGCAUCUUCAUCCUUGACCACAGAUAGAUCAUGCAGUUUGCCUUCAGCUUCAUGUGAGUUUCAGUCAUACUUAUCAUCUACUGAAGCGAACCCAUCAAAGAGUGAGUUGCUCAUCUAUUUGGAUGAAACAAAUGUGAGUUUAGUUGACAAGGAGUUUGGUUUGCUUAACUGGUGGAAGAUUAACUCACAUAGAUUUCCAGUGGUGUCGAGGAUGGCAAAGAAGUUCUUAACUGUUCCAGCUACCUCUGUGUCUUCUGAGUCUACUUUUAGCGCUAGUGGUCGAACUCUAGAUGACUAUCGUAGCUCUCUAAGCCCUUCUACGGUGGAGGCAUUGGUAUGCUCCUCUAGUUGGAUUCGAGGUGCACAUGAUGGGAGUUUUACAUAUGUGGAGCAAGAGGACGAUGUCGAAAACAUUUCAUUUCCAAAAAGUUUGGUGGAGAGCAACUAGAUUAUCCUUUUAGUUGGAGACUUGGAGUAGGACUGAUGAUUUUUGUAAUGGAUUGUUGGAUGGAGUCUACAUGGCUGAACCUGAAUGGCCUGGACCUGAAUGGACAUCAUGGUCAAUUGGUCAUGGCUGAACCUGAAUGGACAUCAUGGAUUCAUGGUCAUGGUUCUCUUAUUUGUAUUUGUUUAUGUUCUAUUUUUGGUGGACAACAAGCAUGGAUGAACUGUUCUGUAAUCUACUUUUUAGUUUUUGGAUGAAGAAAUGCAACUAUGCAAAUGCAAGUAUCUGUAUUAGGUGCAAUGAACUAUGCAAAUGCAAGUAUCUGUUCUGUUUAGACAAUAUAUGUUGUCAUGCUGCUAUGAAUCAUGGAGACUUGAGUACCUGACACUUCUUAUUUUGUAUUAUUGUAUUGUUGGAUGCAUCAUA